AUGACGAGGUCGUCGUGCUCCCACGUCAUAACUAUGGGCGAUUGGUCUCACGAAGAGAUUUGCAAUCGGAGCAUAGCCUACAGUUGUGAAGCGUGUGGGGAGAGAGAGGCCGGGCUCUGGUGUUGCCUCUACAGAGAAUGUGGAUACGUCGGUUGCGGAGAAAAGAAGGCCGAUCAUUCCGCAAAACACUUCACCAAAAAUCAGGAGCAUUCGCUUAUGAUCAACUUGAAAACAUUCAGAACCUGGUGUCAUACAUGCGAAUGCGAAGUGUUUCUGGAGAACAACGUGCCGCCCCUCAGAAGAGCCCCUCCGAACGUCGCUCACAGCGCGGGUGUUGCAGACGAACGACCCCUCGGGCUUGCAGGUCUUCAAAAUCUAGGGAACACGUGCUACAUGAACGCGGCGCUACAAGCUCUCUCCAAUUGCACUCAGUUGACUGAGUACUUCUUAAAUACACCAAAUCUCCCUUUGAGAAAUAAUGGACGGGGAGCCAAUCUGGCCAUGAGUUACAGUAAAAUGAUCCUCCAGAUGUGGCACGAAAAGCGGCCUCCCUGUGUCGUGCCCUCGGGAGUCGCGUACGGGAUCAAUUCCGUGUGUCCGGUGUUCCGCGGCCCGACUCAGCAAGACGCACAAGAGUUCCUUCGGUGUUUCCUUGAUCAGCUCCAUGACGAGCUCAAAAAUGAGUUUUUCCCGAAAAAAGAGCAGGACGAAGACGAAGAAGGCGCGGAGGAACAUCAUCGAGCCAAUGAAGAGGAAGAAGACGAAGACAAGGAAGAUCUUUACGAGACGUGUGAUUCCGGAUUGAGCUCGGAGAAGAGCGAAGCCUCUGAGAAGACCGCCGAUAACCAUCGGUCGCUCGAAACAUCUCUCGGGAGCUUCCUCAUCGGAGAACUAAAAAAAGUCAUCUCGAGCCCGGUACCCAGAGGAGAUCUAAAGCGACCGACUCCAUCAUACCGUUCAAUAAUUUCCGAUGUGUUCGACGGCCGGAUGCUGUCAUCCGUGCAAUGUUUCACGUGUGAGACUGUCUCGUCGACGGAAGAAGUUUUCCAAGAUCUUUCGUUACCCAUCCCGUCGAGAUACCACCUGAACCGUCUACAUCACGGUCCGUCCGACGCCGAUCUCACUUCGAGUUCAACGAGUCUAAAUUCGUUGGCGAGUUCCCAAGGUCAGCAGGGCUGGAUGGAUUGGCUUUUGAGAUGGCUUUACUCUUGGGUGUGGGGUCCGUCGGUCUCGCUGACAGACUGUCUUGCCGCCUUCUUCUCGGCCGAUGAGCUCGAAGGCGACAAUAUGUACUCUUGUGGAAAAUGCAAUAAGCUACGGAAUGGAGUCAAAUACUCGAAGCCGAUGGAACUGCCCGAAGUGCUGUGUAUUCAUCUCAAACGCUUCCGGCACGAGCUGAUGUUUUCGACCAAAAUUUCGAGUUAUGUCCAGUUUCCGCUCGAAGGAUUAGACAUGACACCUUUCACCCAUCCUCAUGCGAGAGACAAAGUCACCACCUACGAGCUAACUGCCGUCAUUUGCCACCACGGUACUGCAGGCAUGGGGCACUAUAUCUGUUACGCCAUGAAUGACUGUGAUGGUCAAUGGUACGAGUACGAUGACGUUUACGUGACGCAGGUCGAGGCUUCCACGGUGGCUAACUGUGAGGCCUACGUUCUCUUCUACCGAAAAUAUUCCGAGGAGAUGCUGAAGCGACGAUUGCACACAGCAGAUCUAGUCGAUCGCAGUCAAUGUGAACAUGGAGGCGGCCCCUCAUUUUACAUUUCUCGACGAUGGGUCAAUCGCUUCAAUACGUUUGCCGAACCCGGUCCGAUUGACAACGAAGACUUCGUUUGUUGUCACGGCAAAUUGGAUCCGUUGAUGGCGAAUCGCGUCACUCAAGAGGAUUUCUUACUAUUCAGUCAGUCGGUCUGGGAGUAUCUUCGUGAGACCUUCAGAGGCGGCCCCGCGCUGACAAGCAUCGAACCGUGUGCAGCUUGCCUGGGAAAACGUCGCGCGUUCAUCGGUAAAAAACUCGCUGAAAUCGCGGCAGGGGACGUUCCGUUGAUAUCAGGUAAAUUUGCGCCUCGUGAGAUGCGAUUCGAGCAGCAGCAAUUCUUGCAGAAUCCUGUUCAUCAGCAGCCGUCAGCCCAACAAGCGCGGCAACAGGAUCAAGAUAAAAAAAAUCAGAAGUCUCAGCCGGCAAAUCAUCGACCGGCCGAUCAUCAAAAUGAGAAUACUAAUUGUUCACAAGAACCGCGAAUCAAACCUCGGGCCGAAGGAGAGAAUGAAGAAGAGGAAACCAUGAAGGAUGACGAUGAGGUUCUCACCCUCGAGAGUCCAGCCAUUCAAACCGAUGACCAUCUUUUCGAUAAAGUGGCGUCUGACCGAGUUGCCAAAUUGACGAUGACCGUCAUCGAUGAUAACAAUGAUAUCGACACGGAGACCGAUUCAGCAUUCUGCAGUCCACUCAAUAGUGUGACCAGUCAAAGUAUAGUGAAGGAGAUUAUUUCCGGAGUGAAAUAA